UUGGGGGAUGAAGGGCUCUUGGUUAAGAAAUACGUGAGGGUGCAUUAUUCCUACGAAUCUUCUGAAGGGCGUUUCUAUUGUGUCAAAACUAAGAAUGCCCUACAUAUUAAUUACACUGCAAACCUGAAUUUAACUGAAGGCAAAAUUAACCAUAUUUCAAAAUUGGAACGACAAGGAGAUGCCUUCAUGUCAUUUUUAUCUGGUAAUUUGAUACAACUGAACGUCACUGUGAGGAAUCCUUACUUGUUUUGUAAAUUCCAUUAUAAUUUUGAAACAACAAUUUUUCCUUACGUUUGGCAAAGGGGUGACUUAUUCGUAAGUGUAAACAAUGUUACAUCCAAUUUGCUCUUAACUUUAGACACAGCAAAAGACAUGCCUGAUUUAAAUAAAUUAACCAUUCUGGAUAUUAAGUCCAUGGAAGUCAUACUCAACAAUAAUUUACCAGUAUUUGAUCAUGUUAUUUCCAAAGUUGUUAAUCACAUGUUGGUAUUUUAUGCAAAGAAAAUCAUUCAAUUUAUCGAUUUUAAUUUCUGAAUUUCAUUGAACAACUACUAUGACCCAAUGCAUUAUGAUAAGGUCUAAAUUUCACAUGUGUGUGCUCGAUUAUAUUUUUCUGUAUCAAUCUCUGUUGAAUCUGGAAUGUUUUCGAUAAGAUAAACGAUUCGGUACUUUUUCAAUAAAUAACAAGUGUUAGAAUUCGAUCGACUAUAUUAUACGCAGCCAUAAGUUCGAUAACGAAAAAUG